AAGACCUAGUGAGGAUGAGCAUUUCAAAAGUUUGUGCCCUGCUUCUACUGGCCAUAUCUGUGGUCUGUAUGAAGUCAGUUGAAGCAAACAGCCACAGACGGUGCAAGCGAGAAUGGAUCCUACCACCCGCAAAACUGGAGGAGAAUGUUGACUACACCGAACGAGAGUACAUUGCAAAGAUUCGCUCAGACUUUGACGAGGUUCAAAAAGUGAAAUACAGCCUGAUAGGACCAGGAGCAAACGAGCAUCCUGUCAAUCGCUUUAUCAUUGACCCUGACACUGGCUAUGUCAAGGUCACUAAAAUCUUGGACAGAGAGGAAAUCCAUCAGUAUAAUUUGACUGGAAUUGCCAUGUUCCUUGACGGUACUGAGGCAGAGGAAGCCAUUGAGCUUACUGUCUUUGUUGUUGAUCAAAAUGACAACCCUCCAAAGUUCGACAUCCAUAUCAGCACUGUCAGAGAAUGCAGCACAGUCGGAACUGUUAUAAUGAACGUGACCGCCCACGACGAAGACCAGAAAGGGACGGUUAAUUCAAAAAUCGCCUACAGCAUCAUUAAGCAAGAGCCUCCAGGUUCUGGAAUGCUGUUCUCCAUUGACAGGGACACAGGACAACUGUUUGUGAAUGAGCCAACUCUGGACCGGGAGACCCAGGAUUUCUAUGAACUGAUUGUCCAAGGAGUGGAUUUGGAUGGGGCUACAAAUGGAAUUACUGCAGUUGGAACAGUGAAGAUUACUGUACAAGAUAUCAACGACAACGUCCCUACUCUCGAGAAGGAGGAGUACGCUGGCAAUGUGGACGAAGGAGCUGUGGACGUGGUGGUGAUGAGAAUCAAAGCUCUCGAUGUGGAUUUAAAGGACAGUGAUAACUGGCUGGUUGUUUUUAAUAUUGUUUCUGGGAAUGAAGAAGAUCUCUUCACAAUCCACACAGAUCCCAAGACCAAUGAAGGUCUCCUGAAGCUGAUUAAGCAUGUGGACUAUGAGAAGACCAAAAAGCUGAACCUUCAGUUGGAGAUGGAGAAUGUCGCUCCAUUUGUCAAUGGCACAGCCUUGGCUCUUAGAUUGGAGUGGCCAGAUCAGGACUUAGAUGCAAAGCCUGUUGAUGUCUCCCCUGAUACUGGUAAACCUGUUAAGCCAGGUACCAAACCAGGAGGGCAGCCAGGUACCAAACCUGGAGGGCAGCCAGGUACCAAACCUGGAGGGAAGCCAGGUACCAAACCUGGAGGGAAACCAGGGCCCAAGCCAUCCAAACCAGGGAAAAAGCCUGGUAAAAGUUAUCCUAUUUCAAUUGCGGUCAACAACAUGCCUGAUGGACCUAGUUUUGAACCGGAGGUAAAACACGUGCCACUGUCAGAAAACCCAGAAGAGAUUGAACUUCACUCAGUCAUGGCUGUGUACCCAGCUGUGGAUGGUGAUACUGGAGAAGACCUAGAUGAUGUUAAGUAUGCUGAAGGAUUUGACCCUGAUAACUGGUUGACUAUUGAUGAAGACACUGCAGAGAUCAGACUGAACAAGAUGCCAGAUCGAGAAUCUCCAUUCCUAAAGAAUGGCACAUACUAUGCUGAGGUCCUCUGUCUAGUCCAAGAUGGAUCAGGAAGAACAGCCACUGGAACCAUUGCCAUUAAUGUACAGGAUUCAAAUGACAACUGCCCGAAACUGACGAGCACAUACCAGAAUAUCUGCACAGAUUCUAAAGUUGUGUACAUGUCUGCCAUUGAUGAAGAUUUCAGCCCCAAUGGAGAACCAUUUCACUUCUCCAUCAUUUCAGAGCAGACCACAGGACCAUGGGAGACGGAGAAGCUCAAUGGCACAGCAGUGGCCCUGCAUUCGGUGGAGCCCUUGUGGCCAGGAGUCUACACAAUCACAGUGGAGGUAACCGAUGCUCAGGGUCUGUCCUGCCCAGACAAGCAGACGCUGGAGCUGGAGGUCUGUACUUGCACAGAUGGAUAUGGCUGCAGUCUCAGAGGAUAUGUGGGUGCAGAUGGUUCCUCCCUCAGUUCUGUCAGUUUUGGAGCCCCACUUUUUGGCGUUCUGUUGGCAGGACUGUCCGUCGUAUUGGUGGUCCCCCUACUGCUGCUGUUCUGCCAGUGUGGAUCUGUAGCCGGCAUGGCUGACCGUUUCAUGGACUUGCCUUUUGAUGUUCAAGAGUACCUGAUGCCAUAUCACACUGAGGGCAAGGGUGAAGACAAGGGGGUCCCUACCUACCUGCUGCCAGUUACUAUGAUAAAGGCAGCAGCACCUGUGGCCCUCAGUUCUGCAGUGGAGCAGCAAACCACUCAAAUGUCCAGCAGCACCUACAGCCAGAUGAUGCAGAUGAGCCAGUUUCAGCCAAGCCAACAUGUGGAGAUGGACAUGAGGAGCAUGGCGGAGUAUGCAGCCAUAGGCCAGGCUAACACGCUCAGUGCUCACCAGAGAGGCUCAACAUACCGCGCCGUCACCCGGCAGGAGAGCAGGCAGGCAGGCUUGGCAGACCUCUAUGAAGAUAUUGCUCUACCUGAUGAUUUUCUGAUGGAGUACUUCGCCCAGAAGUCAGCAUACACAGCUGUGCAGGUUCCUCAGAAGGACACGUUGCUGGAUUAUGGCUACGAGGGGCAGGGAUCACCUGCUGGCUCUGUGGGCUGCUGCAGCCUCCUGGGGUCUGAUGAUGACCUUCAGUUCCUGGAUGAUCUGGAGUCAGAGUUCUCCAGCCUGGCCCAGAUCUGCAAGCCACCAAAACUGAUUCUGGAACAAAUUGAGAUGUCGCUGCAAGCAAAAACAGAGCGAGAAAGUUCUAUGUCUGUCAGCACUGUGAUGGUUUCCGAGGCUCCUCCUCCUCCUCCUCCUCCUGUCCACACUGAAACCACAGAGAUCUGUAGUACCAUCAGCAACUCUUCUACUCUUCCCAGGAUUCAAUUGUGUGAAGCCAUUGCCGUGCCGACCCAGACUGUGCUGGUGCAGCAGCAGCAGCCCCUGUACUACAUGGUGGAGCCGCAGCAGGUCCAGAGCACAGUGCUGCUGACUGAGAGGCCCCAAGUGGGUCUGGGUCAGGGAAUGAUCCUGGUCAACGGGAGUCAGACAGUCACAGAAGGAAUGCUGCUGCAGGGGGGAGGCCUGGUGCAGGGAGCCCAGGGGCUGGUGAUGGCCCAGGGUGGUCAGGGAUUGGUGUUACAGCAGGACGGGCACGUUCAGGGUGGUCAGGGUUUGGUGUUACAGCAGGAUGGGCACGUUCAGGGUGGUCAGGGUUUGGUGUUACAGCAGGCAGGGCAUGUUCAGGUUAGUCAGGGUUUGGUGUUACAGCAGGGUGGGCACGUUCAGGGUGGUCAGGGUUUGGUGUUGCAGGAGGGUGGCCAUAUUCAGGGUGUACAGGGGGUGAUCGUCCAGGGCCCGGGUGCUGCACAGGCUUAACGAAAAGGGAGUCUGGUUAUAUCCCAGGGCGGGCACGUUCAGGAGGCUCAGGGGUUUGUGAUGUCCCAGGGUGGGUACAUUCAGGGGGUCAUAGUUUGAUAAUGCAGCAGAGCAGGCACGUUCAGGGGGAACAGGGGAUUGAAUGUCAAAAUCAUCAACAUGCUCCUGGUUCCCCGGGGUCUACAGACCUGUUUCUGGUAAACGGCGGCCAGGCAGCAACAGUGGGAUUGGUCCAUUUAUCUCCCGUCCUUCGCAGUACCUGUGUAGCACACACAUUCUCACCAGCAAAGAUCUGUCACUCAUCUUCAUAUGGGAGGGUUUUGGCAUCAUUCUCACGUUAUAAUCAUCAGCCAAUUAUGAUGGUCACUCCAAUCAAGCUUCUGCAUGAGUAAUGGUGUCAACCAUGGCAACCAAGUUUUCAUUUUUCCUUACUAAAAAUUGGUUUCAGCAGCUUUGUGAAUAGGUUUUAAGAGAAACUCUUAGUGGCAGGAUAAAAUGCUCACACAAUCACUUUGGCCUAUAGCCAAGGACACUUUCUGGAUCUGCUCCCUGCUAUUUCAAUUCUAUGAUCCAGCUUUACAUCCCCAAUUGCCCACUGUGAUUUUCUGGUGAGCGUCUGUUGUGUCGACCUGCCAUAAACACUUCAAAUUCAAGACACUCUUCCCCUCAGUGGUACUCUCUCCCUUCAUUGGUGGAAAGAGUUGCUCAGUGCUCUGCAUUCCUGUGAUAGUUUUGGGUCUUUCAAGAGGGGUCUAAAGACAUUAUUUGUUCAGCUUGCACUUAAUUAAGUGGUUCUUAUGAGUAAUGGUAUAUGGUAUCUGUUUAUUUUCAUUAUUGAUCGUUGAUAUUGUAUUGGCAUUAUUGUUAGUAUUACUAUCCUUAAUGUAGCCUCACCAACUUUCUAUAACUGUUUACUGUUAAUUAUAACUAUUGUAUUGUUAUAUUUGUGAUAAACCUUGAUUGUGGUGAUAAACCUUAAUCAUCCUUAAUAAACCUUAUUCUUCCAAGGAUAUAAA